AACACACACGCAUACAAACUCAGACAUACACACUGAAGUCCCUCCACACUUGAACUGAGUCAUAGUCAAGAAGUGCGAUCGUCCAGCUAGCCCAAAAAGACUGAAGGCCACCCUCCACUGCAGACCGAGUGGGAAUAUUUGGGAAUAUCUGGGAUUGGCUGGAAACUCAAGGCAGACUGAACUGGACUCAUGGCCCUGCUGAAGUCUGGCUGGCUCUGGCGUCAGUCCUCCGUCCUGAAGCGCUGGAAGCUGAACUGGUGUGAUCUGUGGAUAGACGGCAGUCUGGUGUUCUACAAGACCGAUUCCAGGAAGGACUAUGAGAUGAGAGUGAGUCUGAAGAGCACAUGUGUGAAUGUGAAGUAUGGCCUGGAAUGUGCAGGCGUGUCUCCGCCGGAGAGCCACCCCAGGGAGAACCUGCUGGUGGUGUAUCUGAAGGACGGCUCCACCGUGCUACUGUGCGCCAACAGUGAGGACGAGGCCCUGGCUUGGAAGCUCACCAUCAUGGAGGCGCGACGGAAUCCUGUCUUCAUUUAUGAUCCCUACGAUGACACCUACCAGUCUGUUCCUGUUGACGGUCACAAUGCGGUGUACAUCACACCAGGAGGCAGCAGUGGAGGUACCCACCAUGUAUGGGUGCACAGGGAACGGUAUGACGAUGGAAUUGGUGAGCAGAUAGCACUUGGGCUGCUGGCCGGCAUGGCUGCGGGGGCCGCGCUGCGCUCUUUCCUAUGGAUGCCUUUCUGGUUCUGCUGACAAACUCACCAGCAUCAAGAUGGCCACUGGAAUCUUCAGCUACAGCCAGAUGCUGAGAGGCUGCGCUAGAGAGAGCCGUGGCUCCACCAACCUACUUCUGUAGGCCUCAGUCGUCCUAUAACGCUAUUACUGUGCAUACUAACAAAAUAAACACACUAGGGUCAGUUAAAGGGUUUAGGAGAAUGGUAGGUUGGUAGAUGGACUAAACUACAAUGAGUUCAAGAUUGCAGCCAUCACUUGGAGAAGAUCAAAACAUUCUUUUAUGUUGUGUUAUAUAUUUCGUUGGCUAUGCAUAAUAAAAAUACCUCAGAUCUCA